GGCUCCCUGCACAGAGCCUGGCCUCUCUGCCACCACGCCUUGAGGGGACUUUGGGCAAGGGCCUGGGCAGGGGGCACCUGGGGAGCACAGAGGGAAGGGCAGGGCCACAGCAAAGGACCUGCCCCAUCUCCCAAGCCUCGGAAUGGCCAAAGGAGUGCCCCGUUGACAGGGGCCAAGCGAGAGCAGCAAAUGUGCCUCUGGCGUCAGGACGGGCCGUGCUCUGCUCCCUGCCACUUCCCCAAAUGAAUCCUGAGCUGCUCUUGUUAUUCAGUGUUGUUGCAAAACACUGGUGAAGGACUUCCGUGGAAAGGCGAGACCUCACGGCACUUCCUCCAGCGGCGUCAGUGGGAGGCAGGAGGGCUCACUGGGCAGACGCGUUGCAACGGGGCACGUUGGGGAGGCCAUGGAUCUGCGAGUCGUCCUCCUGCUGCCGCUCUGCUUCCCAGGUCUCCAAGCCCAAACAAUUCAGAAGCUGAGCCAGCGCGAAGGAAGCAACCUCUCUGUGCUGUGUCAUUACACAGCAGAGGAUGAGUACCGGGAACUGAAGUCCUGGUGCCGCUGGACAGAUCAAGGAUGUCAGCUUCAAGUGGCAACAAGCGGCACAAGAACACACUUCUACACAUACCGGGCCAGACAGGGGCACUUUACCAUAAAGGAUGACCCCAUACACAAGAAUUUUUCCAUCACCAUGACUGACCUCCAGGUAGAGGAUUCAGGCACAUAUUACUGUGCUUACAGUCAAAGCUAUGUUUUACUGAAGAGGAUCUCACUGAAUGUUUUCAAGGAGUUUCACAAGCUGGAGUUGGACAGUCUCUCUGUGCAGUGCCCAUACCAUACCCUGGGCUACCGCUCCGAAAGAAAAGCCUGGUGCCGAGCUGUAGGUCAGACUGGCAGGUGUGAACUCGUGGUGAGCACAGAUACCACUUACACACGGGGUAUCAGCAAAGGCAAGGAAGGCAGAGCCUCGAUCCAGGAUGACACCCAGAAUAGGACCGUCACCAUCACCAUGGAGAAGCUGCAGGCACAGGACUCUGCCGUGUACUGGUGUGCAUUCUACACGCCCAACGCAACCAUUAAUUUCACCCCGAUAAUGGAGGUCCGGCUCUCUGUGGCCAAGCGUCUCCAAGCCCAAACACCUGGGGAGCUGAGCCAGCGCGAAGGAAGCAACCUCUCUGUGCUGUGUCCUUACCCAGCAGAGCGUGAGUACCGGGAUCUGAAGUCCUGGUGCCGCUGGAUAGAUCAACGAUGUCAGCUUCAAGUGGCAAUAAUCGCACAAGUACUAUACGCGCACACAGAACGAGCCAACCAGGGGUACAUUACCAUACAGGAUGACCCCAUACACAGGAAUUUUUCCAUCACCAUGACUGACCUCCAGGUAGAGGAUUCAGGCACAUAUUACUGUGCUUAUAGGAAAGGCUGGGAAAGCUAUGUUCCACUGAAGUGGAUCUCACUGACUGUUUUCAAGGAGUUGCACAAGCUGGAGUUGGACAGUCUCUCUGUGCAGUGCCCGUACCGUAAACUGGGCUAUAGCUCUGGAAGAAAAGCCUGGUGCCGAUAUCCAGGUCAGACUGGCACAUGUGAUCUUGUGGUGAGCACAGAUUUCCCGAACACACUGAGCAUCAGCAAAGCCCAGAAAGGCAGAGCCUGGAUCCAGGAUGACACCCAGGAAAGGACCAUCACCAUCACCAUGGAGAAGCUGCAGGCACAGGACUCUGGUGUGUACUGGUGUGCACUCUACAGGCCCUACACAUCCAUUCCAUUCACCCGGAUAAUGGAGGUCCGGCUCUCUGUGGCCAAGCGACCAGCUGCAACAACGUUGUCAGUCACUACAGGCACCAGUCAAAAUUACCGUCCUGGCAACAGCACACAGGCAGGCCAAGGUGUAAGCACCUACAUCAUAAUAUCCACAGUCCUGUACCUCCUGCUCAUCCCGGUAGUUAUUAUCUUGAUAACAUUGUGCAUCAGGCACCACAGAAAGCUGAAGAGAAGAGGUAACAGGCAAGCAGAGGACAUCUAUGACAAACCAGAGGACACAACGCAGCUUGAGAGCACUGAAAGAAUGGAAACUCCCAAGGAUGACAGCAAAGACCUAAAAUAUGUUACCCUGGACUUUAAAUCCCAACGCAGCCCUGAGGAAUCUCUCUACUGUAACGUUGAACCGGAUCAGGCUCCCAAGAACCCCAAAGAUGAAAAUGUGGAAUAUGCUAUCAUUGCACGUAGUUAAUGGAAAAAAAAAAAAAAAAAAAAAAAAGAAGCACAGAACCCCACAACAAUCCAGCAACAGGAGGAAAGAACUGGAAAAAGAACUGGAAUAGAAAGUGGGAAUGGGGAGUAGAAAAUGUGUGCAUGGACACGAGGGAAAGAGCUAUGGUUUUGCUGUCAUGUGUAUGUUGCCUAUGCAUUCUAAGACCUCUCUCCUAUUAGAGGCCAGUAGUGAAUUUCGUCACAAGUAUGCAGAUUCUCUCAGGCCAGACAGAGGUGCUGGUUAAUUCUCAGGAUCCCUUGCACGUUUGCUUUUUUUGAUUCUAUUAAAAUGCAGACUCUUAUGGA